AGCGGGGGUCGUCCAACCGGGUUGCGGAUGCACUGUCUCGCCGGGAAGAGGAGCGGGAUACAGCCAUGUUCCACUCCUUGAGCGUGCAAGCCGUACCACUACUCAUGGAUGAACUUCGGAAGGAGAAUGAUACACUGCCUGACCUAAGGGACCUGCAUGCGGCUAUUGGUAACGGUACGGCUCCUCCCGACAUUAGUUCAAAUUCCGGCAUCCUUUAUUAUAAGCGGCGUCUGUAUAUCAGCCCCUCUUCAUCCUUGAGAAAUCAGAUUUUGCAUGAAUUUCAUGGUACUCUAGUGUCGGGUCAUCAGGGGGUUGAUCGAACCUUCCGCCGUAUUGCCGAUGUCUUUUACUGGCCGGGUCUCCGACGCGAGGUGCGUGCCUUUGUGGCAUCGUGUCCUGCAUGUCAGGCCACUAAGUAUUCCACCCGCAAGCCCGCGGGACUGCUGCAGCCUCUACCCAUUCCGGAGCGGGUAUGGGACUCUGCUUCCAUGGAUUUCGUAACGGGUCUUCCCCCGUCUCGCGGCUUCUCGGCUAUCAUGGUUGUGGUUGACAGGCUAUCCAAAUACACUCAUUUCGGGCCAUUGGUCGCUGGCUUCGACGCCCCUAAAGCCGCGCAGUUAUUUGUUGACAUAGUGGGGCGACCAGUUUCGGUCCCUACGGCCGUGUUGGAUAGGCGCUCCGUGCUGGUGGAUGGGGUUGCUCAAGAGCAGUGGCUAGUUCGUUGGUCCGAUGGCACCGAUACUGAUGCGACGUGGGAACCGGCAUCAGCUCUCCAACAACACUAUCCCGAUCUUCGCCUUGAGGACAAGGCGAUUUCCGUGGGCAGGGGAGUUGAUACCGUACAUGAGGAGGAUAUGGAACCAGGCGGCGACCCAUCACCCGGCACGGUUCCAUUGGCACUGACCAACUGUGCUACUAGCACUGUUGCGUUUUUGGAGUACUUCUGGUGCUCUAUUCGCAAAAUUGAUGGUUCAUGUCUUUCCUAACCCACCACUGCCCUUCUAAAUGUGUAGCUAUUAUGCAUUGCAUAAUUUGGACUGAGCAAUUGAAGGAAGUGGGGGGGGGUGUUCGGGGUCAGGGCGGGGUUGAGGGGUUUACCAGGGGAUAGGGGUAGGAACCAUCAAUUUUACGAACGCAUCACCGUAGCGACCCCGAGUCAUCCCAUGACAUGGAAUUCCAAUGUCAUGGGAACCCUCAGUUUAUCCUUACUUUAGUAUCAUUUACGGAGUACUUUUUUUAUUUUCUUUCAACUUAAUAUACUAUCAACGACUGA